UUAUUAUGGCUGAAAGUGAUAGUUCAUCUACAAGUCUCUCUUCUCUCACACCAUCUGAAGAGGAACAUGUUGCAAAGGACAUUAAGAGAAAAGAAUCUGAAGACGUGCAAACUUCUGAAAAAGUUGACCAAGAGACGAUUUCUCAUGGUUCUGAUUCGACAGCUGAAGAUGAACGAGUUUUUGAAGUUGAAAGCAUUAAUGGACAUAAAAAGGUUCAUGGGAAGGAUUUCUGGCUAGUGCGAUGGUCUGGUUAUGGGCCUGAGCAUGACACUUGGGAGCCAAAUGCUAAUUUAUUGAGCGAACAUGUGAAGAUUAUGUGCAAGGAAUAUUUGGAUAAUAAUAAAAGUGCUAAGAGAAGCCGUAACAGGCGAUCGUCUGGAAAGGUGCCUCAACGUCGUUCUGUUAUUAAAAAACCAAAGGCUGAGGAAGAAGAGCCUGUGCAAUCAGAACAACCCAAAGUCGGAGAAUCAUCUGAAAAGUCUGAAAGUGGAGAAGAGGCCGAUGGUACAAAUUCUGAGGGAUGGUUUGGAAUCAAACCUGGGGAGGGAUCUAGAGAACAACAACGUUUAUUUGUCCCAGACAGACGUCUAUCAAAGACGGAAAAGUUAUUGAGCGAAAUUAAUUGUUCACCUGGCGUUCGGGUCCUCCGAAAUCAGCUGAAACCUCAUUCUGGAGAUUUAAGUGAUGGUACUUCAGCAUCAACCUCUCCAAAGAAACGUGGACGUGCUCCUAGAAAAUCUGCAAUUGAAAAAUUACUCGCAACUUCUUCGGAUGUUUUUACUUCAGAAUCUUCUCCAGCAUUGGAUGUGGGACAAAAAACGGGAACUACAGACAAUGAGGAGGACAAAUUCAAAAAAGACGAAAAGAUUGAAAAGACUCGUCAAAAGAAGCCUUCAAAAGCUGUCAAAAAGUUUGAUUCUUUUAAGGAGCCUGACUCCAUCAACAAACAAGAAGUAAAAAAUGCUGUCUCUGAUGUGAAUAACUUUUCUUCAGAAUCUAUCAAAAGUACAAUAAAACAAUCAGUCUCUGAAUUGGAUUUGGCGCCGAAGCCUGGGAGUUCCGGAAUUCAUACUCAACAAAAACAACCAUCUCCACCAAUUGUUAAACCUAUAUUAAUUUCACAUCCUAAAUUGGAAAGGAAGACAGAAUCUAAAGAAGGAAAGCAAUAUGGAGUUAGUGGAAAUUUAAAACUUGUAAAGAGAGAUGGAAAAAAGCUAUCUGAAGCGUCGACCUCAUCAAAAAAGAAAAUCAAAAAAAUUGCACCUGUUGCAUCGUUAAAUUCGAGUACUGAUUUGCCUUUAAAAUUAUUACCUGAUGGAGCAAAUAUUGCGUUAGAAGCUGAAAAAAUGCUGAAAAAGAAGCUAUUAAAAAAAGCUGAUACACCUCCUGUGACUCAAGAGGAAUUUGAUGAGCUUGUCCUUGAUGGAAAGGUAGAAAAAGUUCGUGAAUUGCUUCUAUUAAAUGGUCAAAAACCUUUUUUGGAUCUCAAUCGUUGCGACGAUUUGGGUAAAGCACUCCUUUGUGAAAUCCGUUGUGGCGUUUCUCACACACAAUGUGAACUUAUUACUUUAUUGGUUACGAAUGGGGCGCGUUUGGAUAUGGCAGAACAUAGUAAUGGACAAAUUCCUUUGCAUAUAGCAAUAGCAAAUCGUCGCAUUUGUCAUGUCAAAACUUUACUUUCUUUACGAACACCGCUUAAUUCACCAGAUCGAAGUGGUAAAACACCAGCAAUGCAAGCAUUAGAAUGUAGUAGUGAUUACGACUUUUUAAAGUUGUUAUUAUCUUUUGGUGCAUCAUUUACUCAAUUGUCAGAUAAAGUCUAUAAAGACAAAGAGAAAUAUAAAAAACAAUUGAGAAUUAUUUCUGAACAUGAAAGUCGAAUUCGGCGUGCAUUCAAUUCUGCCAGAACAAACGUUACAAUGGAAAUGACGUUAAGAAAUGUUUCUCAAGUUUUUGUGAGUCCUUUACACGAAGGAGAAAUGAUACAAAACUUUACAUUAAAUACACAACCACAAUUACCUGAUACAAAUCAUGCUUAUGUAUUGUUUGUUGCUGUUGCAGAAUUUCAGUGUGACGAUACAGAUGUAAAUUGUUUUUUUUUAAUUUAA